AUGACGACCAUCGCCUUCUUCGGAGCAACCGGCGGCUGUUCCAACGCCUGCUUGACCUACACCCUUCUCAACGGCUACAACGCCAGAGCCCUAGCCCGCACGCCCGCAAAACUCACGGCGCUGCUCCUUUCGCAGCCUGGCAUAACACCAGAGAUUCUCUCUCGUCAGCUCGAGAUAAUCGAAGGCGACGCAACAGAUAUAGAAAGCAUCACGAAUACCCUCAUCACCAACUCCAACCCCGAGAGCGCAGCCAAUGGCGCUUGCACUCUUGUCACAAGCAUCAUUUCCGGCCUAGGCGGGGCACCAACAAUGUCCUUCACCAAGGAAUCGAAGUGUGGAACGAUUCAGAUGCGCAUGCCUGCGCUGCCGCACAUUCAGCUCUCGAACCCGCAUAUCACGGAACAAACGACACGUACGCUACUGGCAGCACUGGCGAAGAUUGCUUCUGAGCGGUUUGCUUCGUUCGAGGCAUAUCGGCAGGUCGCACCAAGGGUCACUGUGAUCUCGACGACGGGGCAUUUGCCUGGUAAUAAAGAUGUGCCGUUCUGGUUCAGACCUAUGUACUCUGUGCUCUUGCCGAUCCCGCAUGCGGAUAAGCUGCAGAUGGAGAAAUUGCUUGAUAAGGAGGUCGGGCUGGGGCAUGCUGGGGUGCUUGCUGCUGGAGUUGUUGUUGUGAGGCCCAGCUUUUUGACGGGGGAUCAUCGGGUCCCUGUCUGUCAGGGGGAUGAAGGGGGUGAAAGGCCGGGACUGGAGAAAGUGAGGGUUGGGACGGAGAGGGAUCCUGCUAUUGGGUAUACGAUUUCACGGGCUCUGGUUGGUGAGUGGAUCUUUGAGGAGAUUGUUAAGAGUGGUGGAGGGAGAUGGGUUGGGGAGAAGGUCACUAUCACUACUUGA